GGUACGUACCACCUUCUCAGUAGCACUUCAGCAGUGUUUAGCCGGCGCGUUCAACUUAAUCCCACGGAAAACUCUAAAAAAUGAUGAAAGCCGUCGUCUUGGUGUGCCUGGCUGCGUGUGUGGCUGCCCAGCAGCAGUUCGUGUGGGACCUGUUGAAGCCGGCGCUGAACGCGGCGGAAGUGCAGGCCAUCCUGGCCAACCGGGACGCCAACCAGUACCCCAACUACAACACCAUCCCGCAGACGGGAUUCAGCUGUCAGAGCAAGAAGCAGCCGGGAUUCUACGCCGACACGGAGGCCCAGUGCCAAGUCUUCCACCGCUGCGACAUCAACGGCAACCAGACCAGUUACCUCUGCGUCAACAGCACCGUCUUCAACCAGGUCACCCUCAUCUGCGACUACUUCUUCAACGUCGACUGCCAAAAGUUCGCCCAGUACGAGAACUUCGCCAACUCCCGCUUGUACACUGACCAGCCCCUCUUUGACACUCCCCCUGCUGACUACGUUCCCCCCGGUGUUGGAGCUCCCCAAAUCCUGGCCGCGCAGCCUGUUGCUCCCAAAAGGGCGGCAGCUGGGAAGAAGGGCGCCAACGGCCGCAAAUAAAUGCCGAAGGAUAGACAACUAGAGAUUCUGUAAUACAACUCGAAUUACAUCUCGAAAACAACAAUAACACAACUCGAAAUGUUCCUAACCAAAGCGCCGCACUGUCUGUUGGCUGACAAUUCAUAACCCAACCAAAACAAUUCUCGGGAAUUAAAGCAAUUUUGAGACUCGAAUAAACCAAA